AUGAAUUUCAAACCGACACAAUUAUCAUCAGUACGCUGUUUUGGUGGAUAUCAACAAAUUUUCUCACAUUACAGUAGCACGCUAAAAUGUACGAUGAAAUUCGGUAUUUACAUACCAGAUAUAAAGCUUUGUGAAAAAGUACCGGUUCUGAUGUACCUUUCAGGUCUUACAUGUACUGAAGCAAAUUUUAUCGAGAAAAGUGGCUUUCAGCGUGCCGCAGCCGUGCAUAAAAUGAUAGUUGUAAAUGCAGAUACCAGUCCGAGAAGCGUCGACAUUCCGGGUGAUUCCGAUUCUUGGGAUUUUGGCAAAGGUGCUGGCUUUUACGUUGAUGCGACGGAACCAAAAUGGUGUGAACAUUAUCGAAUGUAUACAUAUAUCACAGAUGAAUUGCCUAAUGUAGUGCGAUCAAAUUUUACCGAAUGUGACCCGCAUCGAUGGGGAAUAAUUGGACAUAGUAUGGGCGGACAUGGUGCAAUAGUAAUUGGUCUCAGAAAUCCGGAAAAAUUCUUAAGUAUCUCAGCAUUUGCUCCUAUUUGUAAUCCAAUGAAUUGCAAUUGGGGAAGAAAGGCAUUCUUUGGAUAUCUCGGUCCGUUAGAAGAAAAUUGGAAAGCUUACGAUGCUGUGGAAGUAGUCAAAGCUUAUAAUGGAGAACCAAGAAAAAUCUUAAUCGAUCAAGGCACAGCGGAUAAUUUUUUGGCGCAGGAACAAUUAUUACCACAAAAAUUGGAAAACGUCAACAAUGUUAAAGUUCAAAUCGAAAUGAGAUAUCAGGAAGGUUAUGAUCACUCUUACUUCUUUAUUGCAUCAUUUAUUGAUGAUCACUUCGCAUUUCACCACAAAAUCCUCUCCAAACAAAGCAGUGAAUUAUAA